UGAUACACGUGGGCUCUCCAUGAGUCAGAGUCGACACUAUGGCAACUGAUUUGGUGUUUUUGUUUGUUUGUUUGUUUUAUACAUUUUAUACUUAGGGAAAAAUAGCUACCAUUCCUAUGGUGACCUUAGGAUUUUGAUGGGUUGAUAAAGAGUUAGAGAGUAUCCUAGUCGAACUAUUUCUAAAUAACUUUGACCUUCUUGGCCGUGCCAGAAAUACUGAAGCCUGCAACAUGUAGUGUUUGUUUAUAAAUGAGCCUCCUGGAGCUUUGUCCAAACAGUUCUUUGUUGAAUACUGUUAUUUAUUUGCUUGUGGCAGGAAAACUCAGGCUACAAAUGUGAACGUGAGUGCUCUUUUUUAAUAGAGGGUGUAAUUGUGCUGCAGUGUCCCCGACUUUUAGAUAUUUAGCUCAUAAAGUUUAUGGCAACACUUAACUGCAUCUGGAUUUCACAUUGGAUUUGGGAAGGCAAGAAUCUCACUGUAAUUUGCACUGACUGCCUUGUAAUGGAAAUUAUGGCUUGGGAAAAGUUUUAAAUGACGUGUCUAUAAACUAAGGAAAAGUUGAUCCAUUCAAAGGCUGGUUAUGUGCAAUUGUAGGAUUGGUUUUUUUUUUUUGAAAGGGCUGUUGCCAACAAGAAAUAUUUAUUUCAGCAGCUGCAGUAAACUAGCCGUGAAUUAAAGAGUUGGUCUUUGUAAAUAGUUGGUUGAUCAAAUUCGAUCUUAAAAGUGGAGUGAAAGUUGCAACAGAACCAUGCUGGGCUUUUAAGAAAGCUGUAAAGAAUGUCUGUAUGGAGCUCAGUGUUAUAACCGGAUGGUAGCAAUGACUUCCGAGGAUGAGCAACCUCUUUUAGAGGUUAGAAUGCUGGCCUGAUGGGACUCAGGAGUUCUGAACCUAGCCUUGUCAUCAGCUGGGUUUGUGGAAGUAGACAACCUCCUAGGCUUUGAUUUUUUUGCUGCUUUGUUCCUACCUGCCUUUCUGGUUUCUUUCUUUCCUUCCUUCCUCCCUCCCUCCCUUCUUUUCCUCCCAAUUUGGGUUUUGUUAUCUCUCAUUCAUAUUUGAGACAUUUUCAUCAAAUGUCUAGUGUUCAUCCCUUGACUAUUAUUUGCAUGUUUAAGACUGAGGCAGUAAAAAACAGAUGGGAGGCUGUGGAUGGAGGCAUGGGUCGAGCUUGUUGACCAUGGACUUCACUGUAGGAAGGUUAUUUGAUUAGGGAAUCACCAGAUGUUGGCUGGAGGUCUUUUCUCUACACCCAUUACUUUAAUCAGAGAUGAGUCCUUCUCACUGGCUGACUGCCAGUGUUCUUGGGAGCAUGAAGGAAGCAUAUUUCCAUUUUAGUUUCCCUGUUUUCGGUCCUGUGCUCCCUCUACUGCCACCUCCCACUCUGCUUUGUUUGGUGUCCUGGUUCAGUGUAUCUGAAUAAUCAGCCUCUAAAACAGUCCUCCUGUUUUCAGCCCUGAACCUACCUCUUGCCUUUUGCCACACCUGGCACUUCCCAGACAGGAUCUCUUAGGCCUUCUGCAGGGGGGUUCAGCUACUGGCUGAAUCAGGGUCUCACCACUGUAGGCACUUUAGGUUGUAACUUCACUCUUGGUCAGUUUCUACUCCUGUGUAAGUGUUCUAAGGAGCGCUGGUGGCGCAACGGUUAAGUGCUCGGCUGCUAACAGAAAGGUUGGCAGUUCAGACCCACUUAGUGGCUCUGCAGGAGAAAGACCUAGCAAUCUGCUCCCGUAAAUAUUACAGUCCAGUUCUACUCUGUUACAUGGGGUCCCUAUGAGUUGAAAUUAACUUGAUGGCAUCUAACGUAACAACAUAGAUUUUCUGUCUUCAAAAUACUGAUUGAAAUCAUUUGUCUGCUAAUGUGCCCUCUCCCUUUUUUCUAUCCCUAGUGAGUUUUUUAUUCUGUUUUCAUUUUUAAUGGGGUCUUGAUGAUAAAGAAAACAAAUGCCCGUGGUCAAUCUGCCAUGUUUAAUCAAAAGUCUUCAGUUUUCUCAUCAUAAAAUAAAUCGGUCAGUGUAUUCAUUCAGCCGUAUUGUGCAUCUUCUUCAUGCAUGCCAAGCACUGAGCUGAGUGCUAGAGAGAUGCAAGUUCCUGAGAAGUGUGGAGGGGCAAGAAUAUACCCACAGGACAUAAGAACAUUGAGGGCGCUAGGAAUGAAGUGCUGCAGAGUAAGGAGGGAGGGAUUUUGUGGAAGUCCACGCUGGAUAAAUUUUAAAACUCUGCAGCUUUUAUGAGUGGAACCACGUGUGGGAAGGCUGAGAACAGACACUACCCAUUAAUUAUUACUGAGUGGGUCCAAAGAAAAGUGGCAUAUCCAGCCCAGAUCUUUGAAAUCACUCAUCUGGUUGAGUGGGGCUGUGGGCUUUCCAGCCAGGGUCUUCCAGUGCUGCAAAUCCUCCACUGCCUUCCUACUCACAUCUUCUCAGGCCUCCUGCUGUUGCCAAACUCACUUAGAGAAGAUCCUGGCCAAACUCACUUAGAAAAAGAUCCUGGCCAAACUCACUUAGAAAAGAUCCUGGCGUUUGGAGGGUGUACUUUGAGGAAGGCCUUUUUGAGGCGUGAUGUCAUGCCUUCCCCUCACUGCUGCCUUCCAGCCUGCAAAUCCUCAUUCCAACGGAGGCCUCUUUAGUCUUGUUGAGAGAGGUACUGUGGCUGGUUUCUGACUUUCCUAAAUUGUAAGUAGUUCCAGGUAUAUAAACCCCAACAAUGUUGACUAGCUAAAGCAUAGCCAGAGUCCAUGAGCUCAUUAAUUAGCCUGAGUCAACCCAGCAAACAGGCCUGGUAGAAUUCUCCUUUAGGCUUGAAGAUAACACUACAAAAGGCUAUUAGAAACCUUGUAAAUCCAAACACUCGUUGUCAUUAGUUCCCAAGGCAGGAGACAGCAGAGCCGAUGAAUAUGGGCCUUAUUGAUUGAACAAGGUGGUUUGUGGUGUUUGCCUUUCCUUGGGCGCGUUGCAAUUUCUGUUCCUGUUGAGAAGGAUCUGAAUGUUGUCCUGUCCUUAUUUCUGCCGUCUGCCUUGCUUUUUCCUUUCCACUUGAGAAGCAAUGGGAGCUAACGCUGUAACAUCAAGCCCUUUGCCAUUUAAUUGAAUCUGUAAAACCAUGAGUCACUAGGACCAUAUGAGCUGCAGAAAGCUUCCACUCUGUCUAGUGUUAUGUAGGUAAAUCAUUAUAGAGCUGUGCAUUCAAAGUAUUUCCCUGAGAUAACAAUGAGUAGAAGAGGCACAUUGCUGUUUACUUUAGAGGAUGUUGUGUUUUAAAGCUUUGAAGCAAACUGAUAGGCUUUUAUCACUAGGAUAUUUUUUAAUGCAUUUUAAUAUUUAAUUCCUUUAGCUUUCAGUCAACUUGAAAUCUGAGUGUGCAAGGGUGGCAUGAGGCAGAAAACACUCUCAUAAUCUCUGUUCAUGUUGUGUUUGGGAACACCCUGCCCUGCUGAUAAAUUUUGGGUUUAUCGUCCAUCAAUUCUUAGAGAUAUAAAAGUGGUGUCUGUAGACAGCCAUUAUUAUAUAAAUACUGUCUUUGUUGCCCGGUUCCCAGCUUAAGAAGCAUCAUAUGGCUAUGAAAAAUUCUAGGUCUUUUUUUUGUCCCAUAGAUGACCUAUUUACUGAGGUGGAUUAUAUCUCUGGGCAGUUGUAGACAAUUUCAGUUCCAGGUUUCUAUUUGUGCCAUAAAGAAACAAACCAGAGGAAUAUCUGGGAGAUUGUGUACUAUAGCCAUUCCAAUCCAUAUUAUAUUUCUUACUGUACCAACUUAUGCAAAAUUUACUCAAUAGUGUGGCACGUGGUAUAAGGAAGUUGGGGUAUGUUGUUGAAUUCAACUUGAUUUUAAUCUCUCCACUUCAUUUUGAUAAUGUUCAUUCUGUUUUCUUAAUCCUCAUGAGGAAUAUGUCAUUGUGCAGUACCAGCAGGCCGUCCUGCUGUGAAAAUGCAAGUCUGUUGUCUCUCUAGUCCUCUCCUGGGGUGAGUUUUUAGCAACAGUUACUUUUUGUCAGAGAGGAAGAAAUAAUGAAAGCAGCUGUUAUAUUUUUACUGAAUGUGAAAUGAUUAACAGUGUAAUUAAAUCUGUAAAAUGGUAAGUCAUGAUCACCACACAGCAGUCAGCCAGGAAACGAGGGAUGGAACUGAUGUUUAUUUGUGACCAGCAGCCCAUGGUCUUCCUCCAGUAGCCCUUUUGUGCAGCCUUCUCCUGAUUUGUGGGCACCAAGCACCUAAUUUCAAGAACUCAAAGCUUUAAUUGAGGUUAUGGAGGGUGCUCAAAGAAAGGUUUAAUCUGAAAAAGAUGUUUUAGGCCUGGUGGAUGUCUGUCCAGAACUUCUACGUUCUUGGUUAACAGAGUCUGCAUUCUAGAAAAAAGAAGCCUGGCUGAGGUGUUUCCAGAUGGUCUUUUUGUCAUGGAGAGGGUGGCAUUUAGAAGCUAUAAGUCGGUUUCACUGCUCAUAAUCUAAGGAUAUGUCAGCAUAAGUCUAGCAUAAGUUAUGGAAAGCGAUGAAGCAAAGUAAGAAAAUCAAAUUUCAAAACCUUGCUUUGCAAAUAGAGUACUGAACAUUAUUGAAUUCUUUGUGAAACAAGAUUCCAAGAUGCAAUUUGUGUGAAUGUCAGGGGCCAACACCAUUUUAUUUGAGCAUCAGAUAACUGUAGAAUUUUAUAUAAGGUGCUUUCUUCUCUUUCCCUAUCAUCUCCCGUCCACCAAAGAGGUAUUACUAGUUUAAAGAAUAAUAUAAAUGUAUGCAUGUGUACACAUAUACUCAGACACGCACACGUGUGCAGGCAGUCCCCGCGUUACGGAAGAGAUCUGUUCCUAAGUCUGCCUUCAAGACCAGUUUAUAGGUAAGUUGGAGCAGGUGCGUACGGUUCUAAUUUAGCCUUCGUUUAGUGCAAGAGAAAGCUUUAAGCCUUUUCAGUGAUUUAACAGUCACACAUGCAGCAAGUGAAGGUGAUUGUGGUGAUGAAUUUGUUGUGAGUAGGGGUUGGUUCAGUCGUUUCAAAGUGAGGGCAAAUUUACAUAACAUUCAAGGACAAGUACGAGUUAUUCAGUUAUUCGUAACCUGGAGACUUAUUCUACACAAAUAAAAAAUAUCAAGGUAGCUUGGAAAGAUAAUAUUUAAAAUAUUUUAGAAAUUAUAUUAUUUGGAAACAAACAAAAGCUUUAGAAGAUGAUCUGUGGGAAUACUGUUUGAUUGGGGGUCCGUUACAGGAAUGAAAGCAAAAGUGAAAGAUACAAAAAUGUUUGUUGGCCCCUUUAUUCUUUCCCGCAUUAUAUUCAUAUUUUAGACUUAAAGCAGUGUUAUUUUCUUUCAGAAUAAUAUACAAUAUGUCAUCACGCAUCAGAAUGUCUCUUUUGAAAGAAUGUGUUUUAAUCAAUCAAUUUGAGGCCCCUGUCUCACAGGCUAAACCUCUUGAUCAUCAAUUCCUAAACUCAUACUAUUUUGUGAGCCCUUGAGAAAUUUUCCACAGACAUCUGCAAUCAUUGCCUCGUUCUUUAUCUUCCUCUUUCUUUUCAUUUCCAUGGAUUGUGUCACCAAUCUGUUUCUUACCUCGUUAACCACCUGGAAAGACCUUGCAGGAUUGGUAUGUCAGUCAUCAUUUGCAUACAUGGUCUGCUCAGCAUUCAAAUACACCUUUUUUUUUGACAAAACAUCUUUCUCUGUUGAGCUUUGUUCUACUGUCUCCUCUCCAGUAAGUACAGGUCAAGUGCAUAGAGCAGUCUUCUCAGAAACCUUGAUGUACUUUGGGAUCACAGUAAACUUGGAUUAGUGUGAGUUAGGGUUGUGUUUGAAAAAUACAUAUCCGUAGAAGAGUGGUUUCUGGGUAUUUAGAGAUAUGCUGGUUGUAGGGAUAGGCCAGUCACCUAGGAACUGCCUCAGUUGCAUAUGUAAUCAUUGGAGGCAGGAGAAGAAAUGCUGGCUGCUAAUCUGUUCUCAUUUGCACUGCCAAAACCUUGAGACCUGACUCGAUGGAGCCAUUCAGAGAAUCUUUGUCUCUUGUUAGGAAUUUGGCUUUCAAGGACCCAGGCAAAGUGGCGGUGGCAAAGACCCAGGAAACAGGAUUUCUGAAUAGAGUGUCCCUGUAAUUCUUGGCAUAGAAAAAACAAUAAAGUGAACGUGAGAUUCUUAACUUUAGCACCAAGAAUAAAAUUGGCACUACUGUUGCAUGUUAGUCAGGGAGCCAAAAAGCAUUCUAAAUUGAUUUUUGGGCUAUCAUUUUUGCCCCCCGUGCUGUGUGCCACUGUGUCUGCUCCCCAACCCCCGCCACCUGUUAAUGCACUUUAAAGUUAGUGUAUGUAUCUUACAUCUACCACUCGCAGUAAACACCUCCCCUACCAAGGCGCUUGAAACAACAUCUGUCAUUACAUCAAAGAAGGUGUUAUUGCCAAGUGCAGCUGGAAGACUUCUAAUCAUGAGAUGAUUUUAAAUGAGGUUAUAAUUAAAUCUGUGUUAAAUGUCUGAACUUUUUUCUAAGAAAAUGUAAAACGAGCUCACUUUCCUCCUUUUAUAGUCUUAUUAUAUACACAUUGUUUUUGUGUGUAUUUAUCACUGUCAUUUCUCUACAUGAGAAACUUGAGAAUACAUUUCUAGUUGUGAAAAGUGCUUUUGUUGUGUUGUGCCAGAGAGGCAUAGUGAGGAAGUGUUGCCAUGGUCUUGAAUUCUAUCUCUUCAAGGGGAAAACCCCUCUGGUGAAUGUGGUGUUUGUUGACUCUGGACCAGCAUGAGAAUUUCUGAUUGAGAGUCUAGAAGAGUUAUAAUAAACUCAUUAUACAUUUAAGAAGAAGAGCUGCCUUCCAGAAAAUGAAUCCAAACCCAGAAAAGUGUUCAUUGAACAAGAACAAUACUCAGUAGAAUUUCAAAUUGAUGGACCUUUCCAAUGGCAACUAAUUUGUUCCAGCAUUGAAAUGAUCAUAAUUAACAGAGACUUUCUUUCUUGGUCCGAUUAACCACUGAAAACCAUGCCAACAUUGUAACUGUAAGCAGUGAAAACCAAUAUUUAUGAGGGGGAUUGUGCAAGAGUUUGUGUGACAGAUGGGCAUUUUAUCACUGUUGAUGUUUGGAAUUCCCUUGGAAAGUAAUGCAAUAUCUUGUUAUUUAUGAACGAAUGAACAAAUGAUUGUGCUUUACUGACUGAGUUUUCUUUACAAAGAGGUAUACGAAAUUAAUCUUUUUCUCUGUUUAGCCUCUGUUAGCUUCUUUUAGGUAGCCUCAUAUAUUCUGAUGCAAAAGCUGAAAAAUCAUAAUUGUGUUUUUAUUACAGAUACUGAUCCACGUGUUUUAGAAAAACAAGAAUUACAGCAGCCAACCUAUGUUGCCCUGAGUUACAUUAAUAGAUUCAUGACAGAUGCUGCCCGCCGAGAACAGGAAUCCCUGAAAAAGAAGAUUCAGCCGAAGCUUUCACUGACCCUGUCCAGUUCGGUGUCUCGAGGGAAUGUGUCCACUCCACCACGCCACAGCAGUGGAAGCCUUACUCCCCCCGUGACCCCACCCAUCACCCCCUCAUCAUCAUUCCGCAGCAGCACUCCAACAGGCAGUGAGUAUGAUGAGGAGGAAGUGGACUAUGAGGAGUCGGACAGCGACGAGUCCUGGACCACCGAGAGCGCCAUCAGCUCGGAAGCCAUCCUCAGCUCCAUGUGCAUGAACGGAGGGGAGGAGAAGCCUUUUGCCUGCCCAGUUCCUGGAUGUAAAAAGCGAUACAAGAAUGUGAAUGGCAUAAAGUACCAUGCUAAGAAUGGUCACAGAACACAGAUUCGUGUCCGCAAACCAUUCAAAUGUCGUUGUGGAAAGAGUUACAAGACAGCUCAGGGCCUGCGGCACCACACAAUCAAUUUCCAUCCCCCGGUGUCGGCUGAGAUUAUCAGGAAGAUGCAGCAAUAACGUGCUGGUCAUAACUGUGCCAAGAAAUCCUCACCAGCAGUUGCUGAUUUUGAAAACAGCCACCUUUUUUCAGGGGAAGCAUUCAGCAACCCUUUAAAGAAAAAAAAAUUAAAUGCAUGCUUUAAAUUUUUUCUGUAAUUUUGGAAUGAUGUAUCUUUGUAGAGUUAAUGAUUUUGUACAUUUGCACAUGUAUUCAUCAUACCCAUUUUCAUUACUUUGAUAUAAGGUGCUAAACAAAAAAAGCUCUAGGUUCUUCAGCACAUUUCCCCCCAAAAAAUAAAACUGAGGGCAUGUUGCACAUUGUUUAGUUGUAUUGCAGUGAUAUCAAUCUGGGGGAGGAGGGGCUGGCACUGAGAUUUUUUUUUCAAGAUUGUAAUGUGAUUGAAGUUUUUCAGCAUAUCAACUCACAUAUGUUCAAUACCAAAAUACCUUCAUUAUCAAACUGGUUACCAUGCCUUACAUAAUGGAGUUAGUAUUUGUGAGUAGAAAGACUUUAGGUAAUGGAAAUAUAAAUAAGAAUGUUUAACAUAAUAUGCUAAAAAUAUUUUCAUAUUUAAAUAACAUACAUAAAAGGUGUGCUUUGUGUUUUAUAUUAUCUUGCAAAUCCUUUUUCCCUUUAAAAAGCUGAAAAUCUUGCCAUCUGACUUACCAAUCAUUUUAGUGUUAUAACUGGCAUUUUUGUACAAAAUAAGUCUAUUCAGUACACUCAUUAAUUCAACAUACAUUCAUUGAGUGCCUGCUGGGUGCCUAUUGAUAUUUGCAGACCAAGGUACCAGUUUAGUGAAAUACUUUUUCCCUGAAAUCUGUUAGGAACACUUCAAGUGCAAAUUUUGUGUGUGUGAAAUUUGGUUACAUCUUCAUCUUCAGAUGAAGUUUUAAAGCACUUUGUAGUUCUCUAUUGCCAACAGAUUUAACAUUUUAUGUGUUGCCAAUUCUUGCAACCACUGCCCUAACAAAUCUAUGGGUUGCAAAUAAGAAUUAAAAUUCUAAGCAUGUUUCAGAGAAGAACAUUUUUGUUAAGAUCCCCAUUGCCUCUUCUUCACGCUCAGUGUAUUUUUAAGACUUUUUUUUUUUUUAAGGCACUUUUCCCAUCAUAUUGUAGAUGUCUGCAUUCCCACUGAAAAUGGUCUGUUUAGCUUUAUAAAACAUUUUGCCGAAAUAUGAAAUUGAGCCUUAUUGACAAGUGCUUCUUGCAGCAGGUGGUCAAAGAGUGACUGAUGUGACCCAUUAGAGUAACCCACAUCUGGACCCUUCCUGAGUUUUCCUCACUGACUGACAAUACCAUCAUGCCUUGAGUGUUCUUUUCUCCCAAGUGCUAUUCCUUAAACACGAGAGUUUACCAAUUGCCUAAUUAUGCAAUAAAAACUGCUUUGAGGCAGCUAACUGCCCACACAGAAAACUGGUGAAAAGCAAAUUUGAAUCGCUUAUGAAAUAGCUUUCUUCCCAUAUUCACAUUUGAUGAAAAGUCUUACACACAGCUGGGAAGCAGGUGUCCCUCCUCAAUUUUUCAGGCAUUUUGAAAAGAUGACAAUUCUGUUAGCCAGAUGGGUAAGUUUCUAUAUUCGUAAGUUGUGAAUCCUCAUAAUGAGGGAUUUUAAAGUAUUACAAAGACACUGCCCUCUACAAAUUUCCCUCAGAUCUCUGGAGAAUGGUCUCGGUUCUGAAUGUAGUAUUAUCCUGUAUGUUUAAAAGGAUGAUCCAGACAUGGGAAGCAACUAGUUGGUGCACAAGAAGGCCCUACUUGACUAUUUCAUAUCUACCUACAGUUGACCAAUAACAAAUUUUUUAGGCCAACAAUUAAUUUAGCUUCGCUCCUUCUAGUGCAAGAAACUGCAGGCUGGAUCAAUAGUUCAACAACAGCUAAACAGUCAUAAGUCAUUGUGCAUGUUAAAUUUCUUUCAAGUAUACAACAAAUUCCAAUUUCUAUUUACUUAUUGUGACAGUAUUACUAAACAGGUAAGGAUGGGAAUAUUUUGUUAUACCGUGUAUAGUGAAUGUAUUGUACUGUGUCUGUGAGAACUGUGCUUUAAAUUAUAUUUUCAUAUGUUUUGUUGAGGGCAGAGCACAUUUAAGUUUGAAAGUGACAGAGGUUUGUUUUAGAACUGAAGGCAACUUAAUCAAAAUUCCCAUCAAGAAAAGCUGCUGCUUAUAAAUGUAAAUGAAAUCACAUUUAAAAUAAACUGCUUCUGACCCAAAA